UAACCAGUGAGCAUUUUGCCAUGAAUAAACACGACAUCGUGGGACGUGUCACAUUUCUAUCGUGCUUUCUACUGUCUUUUGUUCCUCUCUUCAGCGGCGUUCAUGAAGAUCCAGCAGGUGGCGCUCAAACAACACACAACAUACAUGUUCCUGUUAACCAGAUAUUAGAACUAAGGCAAAUUGUAUUUGUGAUUCAGAGUCAAAAGAACUCCUACCACAUUGAGAGGGCAAAGCAGAGGAGAGCACACCUUAUUUCCCAAGAGCAGAGCUCGGCAGCUGUUGUGCUACUCCAUGAGUUGUCAGAAUAUGAUGGAAACUGGGGGAUUCUUCCUGCACUGCCUCAUUUGGCGGAAGGUUACUGCCAGAGCUCUUUGUGGAUUUUUUUCUUGGAGGAGGAGACCGUUGUCAAUUUAGGCAGACUGCUGCAGGUGCUCAGCAGAUUUAACCCUUGGAGAGAGUGGUUUUUGGGAAGGGCGCUUUAUGAUACUAGUGCCACAAUUAUCCACCAUUAUGCCUUCUCAGAAGAGCCGACUGCUUUCAGCUACCCUGAUUUUGCUGCUGGCUGGGCCCUUAGCUGCUCUCUGGUUAAAAGAUUAGCUGAUUACGUGAAGCAUGAGCCACCCAAAUCAGAUUUCACCAUUGACCUUAAGCAUGAGAUUGCCCUGUAUAUUUGGGAGGAGGGUAGAGGCCCUGCUUUAACUGCUGUGCAUGAGUUCUGCUCUGAGCUUUACGGAUCAGUGUACACUGAGCAUUGUGCUACCACUGUCAACUCUUACCUGCCGAGCUGUGAUAUGCUAGUGAAGAGUGAAGACCUUUUUGUAGCAGUGAAGACUUGUCAGAAAUUCCACCAAGAUAGAGUGCCUGUAGUAAAGGAGACCUGGGCAAAAGACGCAGCACUGCUAGAAUAUUAUAGUGAUAUUGCUGAUCCAACUAUCCCCACCAUUGACCUGGGAGUCUCCAACACAGAGAGUGGGCACUGUGCAAAGACGUUUGCCAUUUUAAGGAGGUUUGUCAGUGGAGAAGUGACAAAAGCACCAUGGCUACUCCUAGUAGACGAUGACACAUUGAUAAGUCUGCCCAGACUUCGGCAGCACCUGCACUGUUACGACCCUAAUGAAGCUGUGAUUAUCGGUGAGCGCUAUGGCUAUACCCUCAGUAAAGGUGGAUACAGCUAUAUCACCGGUGGAGGAGGUAUGGUGUUCAGUAGAGUGGCAGUGUUGAAAAUCCUCUCUAGUGGUUGUGGCUGUUACAGUGCGGAUGCUCCAGAUGACAUGGUAUUGGGAAGGUGUCUUAACACACUGGGAUUGUCUGUUACACACAGCCCACAGUUUCACCAGGCUCGUCCAGAUGAUUAUCCGAAAGAGUUGUUGCUCCGUCAGAGACCCAUCUCCUUCCACAAACACUGGAACAUCAACCCUGUGGCAGUGUACCAGCAGUGGUUGAUGAACUCUGAGUAUCAGUUCCAUCUGAACUUUAGCAGAGAGUACAGACAGGAGCUCUAAACCAGUUGCUCUCGUUCACAAUGUAAGCAGAGAUAAUUUGGGAAUUUUGUAGCUUGUAGAAGCCAACAUUCUGUUUUGUUAUUCUUCUUAGACAAAAAAUGAUUAAAUGCUACUCCUUCUAGGGCUUUCGAGCCACAUGCACCAAAAUCGGAUAUGUCGUAGACCCUGGUCUGAAGUUUGUAAAAGUGCUAUUACUGUUCUAAGCGAUCCGAGUAUCAGUACUCAUGGUACCGUGUCACAAAAUGGCAUUUUUUGCCAUAGACACCCAUUAUAAAUUUUAGAGGUUUAUAACUUGGCAAGCUUUCGAGCUAUCCACACCAAACUGGGCCAGUUUCUUUAGGGUGAUACUCUGGACAAACUUUUAAGUUGGUGUACCAACUGGAAUUUCGGUUUUCCCGCAGCCCGACCCCCAAAAUAUGCAAAAUCAAAAAACUUUCCACGACAUGUGACAUAUCAAAACACUCAGAACAAUGAGGUGAACUUUCUCACAGGUAUUCGAAUGAUGUCACAUGCAACCCUGCACCCAAAAUAAAAAAAUACGAUAAAAUGGACAUGUGAUAUAUCAAAACACUCAGCACAAUGAGCAUAAUUGUGCCACGGGUAUUCGGGUGACGUCACAUGCUCGUAUACACUCGCCGCCAAAAGUAUUGGCACCCUAGCAUACCGGCCUUAUGGAAUACUUGCUCAGUCAAGCCAACAUCAAAGUUUGUCAUGAUAAACAUUACAAAUUUGCAGAAUUGUGUUUACUGUAAAAAGAAACACUUAACAAUAUAUUUAAUUUUGGAAUUUUAAAAUAAUUUGGCAGAUUUUAUUCAGCAUUACCCACUAGUGCAGGGCACAGUGGAGUUCUUGGACUUACCACAGAACCAAGCAGUGGCUCUCUGACGGGUCUGGGAUUUUAAAUUAUAAUCGCAAGCUUCAGAAAUAUUUCUUACAUAUUUAUUGGAACAGUUUUUCUUAGAACAACAAUACUCCUGGAGCAGAGCUGAAAAUUUUUCAUUUUCUACUUUUGAUUUGUUUGAUAAAAUUAAGUGUUUGCGAUUUAUUGUACUUGAACCGUGAACCUUUUCAUGAUUGGCAAUUCUCUGCUGAUAUUAUUUCUUUGCCAAAAACAGUGGCUUAAUUUAAAGUGGUUGACUCUUGACAUUUGCAUGUCACAUGGCUGGCCCACCUAUCUAAGAGGGAAAAUGACUGGAAAUAAUGCAUGACAAAAUGAACAUAUUGUCGCUGUUGGGUGGAAUCCUCGUAUCUCCAAAACCGUUAUUUUUCAGGAAAUUAAAAAAACGCCGUACCUUAUCUGCAGUGCACAGGGUUUAGUCCGUGUUGCAGUGGAUUGUCUUGCGCUAAAUUCCUGUCCUCAGAUGAGCACCAGAACUAGCGGGGGUCAAGAUUUUUUUUCUUUGAGCCCAGUGUUUUGAAGACAUUUACCUCAGAAGACGUGUUGAUUCGUUGCAACUCUUCUUGAGGAGAAAUAUGCCGCGACGCUCUCCCACGGAGUGAGGAAGAGGUGGACAGUUGAAGUGUCCAAUGGAGUUAUGAGAUUUGCGCUCAAGCUAUUUUCAAGACUUUAGAUUGGUUAAUAACUUGUAAAAAUAACAGACCCACGUGGGGACUGACCAAUAGCAUCGAUAUGUGAAAAAAUAUGAACUUGACAAAAUUUGGACAUACGAGGUUUCUGCCCGACAGCGACGAUAUAUCACUUUUAUACUGUAACAUUUUCUUGCUAAAAUGUACAUUUUUGAAGCGCAUAAAUUUAACAAAAAAAAAAAUGCAGUGCAGAGACCAUUUGACAUUGAAGCCUAGACCCUGGCUUGAAUAAAAAGAUGCAUGCUUUCCAUGCAGGGUUUUUAGUCCUGCAUGGAACUGGAAAGCGGCACCAGAACACCACCGUGGGCUGCAAAUGCAUGCUUAGAGCCAGGUGAACAUACAAGAUUUUUUACUUUGUUGUAGUUCAUAGUUCAUUGAUUAGAAAGCUCAGCCAUUGAUUGGGUGUACUUAUGUAAUUUUGUUGCAGUUUGUAGUUUGUACACAUAAGCUUCACAGACUUUAGCUUGAUCAGUUCAAUUCCAGUGAUUAUAUUUGUGUGUUGUUAGCGAUUUAUUCUUAGAUAUUCAGUUGUUAUUUAUCAGGAGGUUUCAAGGUCCAGAGACUCAAUAGGCUUAUAGCCUUAGUAACAUGUUCAGCAGCAUUGUGUACCAAGCUUCAUUGACAUGUGAGAUUGUUAAAUAUGGAAUUGUAAUGAAUGUGGACCAUUCAUUACAAUGAAUGUGGAUCAUUUUAUUGCUUUAUUUAUGAUCAUUAUAGCACAAACAGUGUUAUUUAAACACCUAAUCAGCUGAUACAUUAUGUAAACCUCACAUGAAUAAGCAAUUGGAACUGUCAUAAAAUUUUUCAUUAGAGGUAUAAAAACCUGAAAUCUAGUGGUUUAGUACUGUAGUUAACCACAAAUUUCAGCUUCCUUUGCUUAACUGUAUAAAUCUCUGCUCAAAAACACUGGCAGGUCAUCUAAAUGUAGCUUUCAGUUGUUGUCCUUUGGCUGCCCUUCCUGAUGCAACCCAUCCAUUUUAUCUGAGUGUGGAACUCAAAGUUAACCCCUCAGUGGCUGGGUCAGUUCCCUGCCUGGGAAUCAAACCCUGGUCUGUGGCUGGUGUUAUUGUUAAAUUAAAGUCUUUUGUCCUUUUAUGUUGUGCUAUACAGACAGUUUUAAAGACUGUCACACCAUGGAGGAUGUGAUGGUUCAGUGGUUAAGGAUGUGGGUUACUGAUAAGAAGGUCGGGGUUCAAGCCCACAAGCUGC